CCGCACGGCGGCGCCGGGGGAUUUACCAAUGGAGAAGCAAUGGGGUUGCGGCUCGAUUUUUGGAGUUUUCGCCGUAAGACUGAGCCUAUUAAGCGGCGGCGGAAGCCGCCGGUACGGAUGUCAUUUACCACCGCCGAUCUUGUAGCAGAGAGCAAGAUACGGGAUUUGGAUUUGGACAGAAAAGAUCCUCGGUCGGUUGUGGCGGUCAUUUUGGGAGGUGGAGCAGGAACUCGUCUUUUUCCUCUCACGAAACAAAGGGCCAAACCAGCAGUUCCCAUAGGGGGGGCAUAUAGAUUGAUCGAUGUUCCAAUGAGCAAUUGUAUUAAUAGUGGAAUCAAUAAGGUGUAUAUUCUCACCCAAUUCAACUCUGCAUCACUUAAUAGACAUCUUUCGAGGGCAUACAAUUUCAGCAAUGGCAUAAGUUUUGGUGAUGGUUUUGUUGAGGUAUUGGCGGCCACUCAAACUCCAGGUGAGACAGGGAAGAGAUGGUUUCAAGGUACUGCUGAUGCUGUUCGUCAAUUUCAUUGGCUAUUUGAGGAUACCAAAGGGAGGGAAAUUGAGGAUGUGCUCAUCCUCUCCGGAGAUCAUCUUUACCGUAUGGACUAUAUGGACUUUGUUCAGAACCAUAGACAAAGCGGCGCAGAGAUUACAAUUUCCUGUGUUCCUAUGGAUGACAGCCGUGCAUCAGAUUUUGGUCUAAUGAAGAUAGACAGCAAAGGAAGGGUCAUUGCAUUCAGUGAAAAACCUAAAGGAGAAGACUUAAAAGCAAUGGAAGUUGAUACUUCUGUGCUUGGUUUGUCACAAGAAGAGGCAAAGAGGAAUCCAUACAUUGCUUCAAUGGGGAUUUAUGUGUUCAAGAAAGAGAUACUAUUAAAUCUUCUAAGAUGGCGUUUUCCCACUGCAAAUGACUUCGGCUCUGACAUAAUUCCAGCAUCAGCAAAAGAACUAUUUGUCAAGGCAUAUCUCUUUAAUGAUUAUUGGGAGGAUAUUGGGACACUCAAAUCUUUUUUUGAGGCAAAUCUCUCUCUUACUCGACAUCCUCCUAAGUUCUGCUUUUAUGAUGCAACGAAACCAAUAUAUACAUCACGAAGAAAUUUACCUCCAACAACAGUUGACAAUAGCAAGAUUGUUGAUUCUAUUGUAUCCCAUGGAAGUUUCUUGAGCAAUUGCUUGAUAGAACACAGUGUGGUCGGUAUCCGAUCCAGGAUAAACAGUAAUGUUCACUUGAAGAAUACCGUUAUGCUCGGCGCCGACUUCUAUGAAACUGAAGCAGAAAUAGCAGCAUUGCUUGUUGAAGGAAGAGUUCCUAUUGGAAUAGGAGAGAACACUAAGAUCAAGGAUUGCAUCAUAGAUAAAAAUGCAAGAAUCGGAAAGAAUGUGAUGAUUUCCAACUCCGAGGGCGUGCAAGAAGCAGACAGGACUGCUGAAGGGUUCUAUAUUCGCUCGGGUAUUACAGUUAUACUUAAGAAUUCAACAAUACCCGAUGGGUUUGUAAUAUGAGACUGAAAUAUUUACCAUUUGCAAAUAAUUGUAAAAUAUUUGUGGACAUAAAGGGCCAUUUCAUGAAUAAAUUUAUAUUGUUUG